AAACAAACGAAACAAAACGUGUACCUACUACGAGCGAAACGAAAUAACUGAAAUUUAAUUACUGACUUGACGAGUUGACGACUGACAAUUAAUUUGUGGUUUAGUUGCGUGUUGGUUGUGUUUAUUUAGGUUUAUGUUUUUUCUGAUAAUUCAGGACAGAAAUAGAGCAGUUUACUCACAAGUCUCGAGAGUGACGAUUGUGCGUUGAAAUGGCUACGUUAGAUGAUAAAAUCUUGGGUGAAAAACUACACAACUACUGUAGUAGCAGCGAAGAUGAGGGAGGAUCCGAUUAUGAAGAUAGUAGGAGUGGAGAUGAGGAAGGUAACCCGCCGUCGUCUAAUAUUCCGAAAGCGGAACCAGCCCCACUCAAUAAUUGGUCGGGAACCGCGAGUAACACAGGUCCGAAAGGUGUGAUUGAAGACUGGAGGAGAUUCAAACAGUUAGAAGCGGAAAAUCGCCGAGAACAGGAAAAAGAACGUGUCGCUUUGGCGAAAAAAUUGACCAUGACCGUUAAAACGGAACGUGAAGAGGCUGAGGCUAAACAAAUUGAGGAAUUAGAAGAUGAACUUGGUGAGUUGAUGAACGACGAAUUCCUUCUGCAGUACCAGAAGAAACGAAUGCAGGAGCUUAUGGAACAGUUACAGAAGGCCCCCAAGUUUGGCAAGGUAAUAACCUUGAAAUCACAGGAUGAGUUUUUGGAUGCUAUUGAUAAGGAAGAUCAGAGAGUUGCUGUCAUCAUUCAUAUUUUUAAUGAGAAAAAGCGAGCUUGCGAGACCAUGGACGGCUGUCUGAAUGUCCUUGCUGCUGAUUACCCAACAAUAAAGUUCUGUCGUAUAGCUGCCGAUAUAACAGGAUUAAGUCGGCACUUCCGUGUUGAAGGUGUGCCUGCAAUAUUGGUUUAUAAAGGAGGCCAAAUAAUUGGGAACUUUGUACAGUUGGUUACAGAGUUGGGCAAUGAUUUCUUUGCCACUGAUGUGGAGCGCUUCCUUAUAGAAUAUGGCAUGUUACCUGCGAAGUAGUACAAUUCAUAUUGUCCUUAUUUUCAUAGCAAAAGUGACCUAAGUAUUGCUUUGUGAGGUUUGAUCUCAGUGCCUAUGGGUUAUUUCACUGUAUGAGAUUGAAUUUCUUAUAGUAAUAAUUAUUAUAGUAGAACAGAAGAUUUUAUAGGCAAUAUAAGUAUUUUAAAUCAAAUAAUGAUUUUAAACUAAUUGGCAAUUUAAAGCCUUUAUUAUAUGCUAAAAUCUUGUAUGCAAUACAAUAAAACUCUUGUAUCUAUUAUACCAGUUUUACAUGUAAGAUUCAUAAGCAUUUAAGAUCAAUAAUUUAUUACCUCAUCAAGUUAUGUAAAUAACAUUAAUGCAUUUCAUAUUACUGACUGUUCAAAUUAUAAUUUAGUGUAACAAAAAAGUUGAUGUAUAUUGCUUUACAAGUAUGUUAUGGAAAUCUAAUCUUUUCAUUAGUGAAGAAACUGCAUUCUGUGAAAGUUGGCCUUUUUGCUGGAUUUCACCAUCUUUGUAGGUAUCUAGGCAUGAUUAGGUGUUUUAUGAGGUCAUAAUAUUUAAUCUCUGUAGGAUGAAAUUGUGCUCCUAUAAUCCUACAUAAUAUUAUCUGUAAUGUAAUGACUUAGAUGGAUUAACCUUAACCCAGUGAAUGUUAUGAUUUAUAUUUUUAGAAUAUCAGAUCUAUUCAAAAUAAUGUUCGUCACUUGCAUGUCUUACUUGCAAGUGCCUAAUGUUACAAAAACUCCAAAAACGCAAGGUUUGUAUGAUGGGUUAUGAUAUAAUUUAUCAAUUCACACUUCUUGGCUCGGAAAGGAGCAGGCAAUAAUUAUGGCAGUAGUCACGUGCAGUAAAGCAGGCAAGAAAUGUAUAAGUCCUAUUCAGUAAAAGUAGACUUAAUGACCCAUAACAAUGGGAAAUAUUCCCAGAAGACAAUGGUCCAUUCCGUAAGACUACCUUUGGUUUUAGGAAGUAGUUUAUAGAUUUUAUAGGUAAAGAUAACUGCCAUUUUGGUGUUGAUUCUAUAGUUUUUUUAAGUUAGUAACUUUUGUUGUGAAAUGGAAUAAAGCUUAUUUUAUUUUUGUGUACUUAUAAAUGUGUAUGUGUGUGCUAACAAAGUUUUGUAAAAUGUGUUAACUUUCAAACCCAAAGCGUAAUUUCCGCCUAGUGUUUGUCUGGUGCUAUGUCCAUUCAUUGUAUGAACAUGUGACUAAUAAAAUUUUGAAAGUUCUAAA